GAGGAGGAGGAGGAGGAUGCCAACAGCUACGACUCUGAUGAAGGCACUACACUGGGAGCACUGGAGUUCAGCCUGCUCUACGACCAGGAGAACAGCUCCCUGCACUGCACCCUCAUCAAGGCCAAAGGCUUAAAACCAAUGGACUCAAACGGCCUGGCAGAUCCCUACGUCAAACUGCACCUCUUGCCUGGAGCCAGCAAGUCAAAUAAGCUGAGGACGAAGACGCUGCGCAACACCCGUAACCCAGUGUGGAAUGAGACCCUGGUGUACCACGGCAUCACAGAUGAGGACAUGCAGAGGAAAACCCUCAGGAUCUCCGUGUGUGAUGAAGACAAAUUUGGCCACAAUGAGUUUAUUGGAGAAACUAGAGUUUCCUUGAAAAAACUCAAAGCCAACCAGAAAAAGAACUUCAACAUCUGCUUGGAGAGAGUAAUACCAAUGAAGCGUGCUGGAACAACUGGCUCAUCCCGUGGGAUGGCACUGUACGAGGAGGAGGUAGAUCGCGGUGGGGAUGUGGAGGAGCGUGGGAAGAUCCUCGUGUCCCUCAUGUACAGCACCCAGCAGGGUGGCCUGAUCGUCGGCAUCGUGCGCUGCGUGCAUUUAGCAGCCAUGGACGCCAACGGAUACUCGGACCCUUUUGUUAAGCUUUGGCUGAAACCUGACAUGGGAAAAAAGGCCAAGCACAAGACACAGAUUAAGAAGAAAACGUUGAAUCCUGAGUUUAACGAGGAGUUCUUCUAUGAUAUCAAACACAGUGAUCUGGCCAAGAAGUCGCUGGACAUUUCAGUCUGGGAUUAUGACAUUGGAAAAUCGAACGAUUACAUCGGCGGCUGUCAGCUCGGCAUUACGGCCAAGGGGGAGCGCUUGAAACACUGGUAUGAGUGCUUGAAGAACAAGGACAAGAAGAUCGAGCGCUGGCACACCCUCCAAAAUGAGAACCACGUCGCCAGUGAUUAA